GAACUAGGUUACUUCCCAUGUUAAUACUUUCGCCACUAUAUUAUUUACAAACAGGCUGAAAUUUUUGGAAAUUCUUAGUAGACAACGUUGUUCUGAUUUCUAAUUUUUAGAAAUUAAGAAAGAACUAAUGCGCAGAAGACUAAAAGUUAUUUCGAAAUAUUUAAAUAUAUUAACUUCACCAACUAUGGCCAAACACGAGGUUCUCUCGCCGGGAGUCUCGGAUAAGGAUGUCAAUAUUGACGCCUUAGAAGUCGUUUAUAAAAGUGAUAAUUUUUUAUGUGUAAACAAGAAUUUCGAUGUAAAAAUCAACAGCAAUAACCCAAAUGACGUCACUGUUGAACACCAAGUUAGAAAACUAUUUCCACACCUUGUAGAUCCCAAAUGCACGCAUGGAUUCAGAUUUGUUCACAGACUUGACUAUGCAACCAGUGGCAUCUUGUGUCUGGCACUGAACAAACGUGCAGCAGGUCAUCUCUCUGCCAUGUUUAAGGCUCAACAAGUGACCAAGUAUUACCUUGCCCUAGUGCGAGGUCAUGUACACAAUGAGAGCACAUUGAUAGACAUAGCUAUUGGACCUCUGGUAGACCAGGAAUGGCCGGGCCGUAUGUGUGCUGUUGAUCACCCACAUUGCAGCGAACCCCGCCCCACUAAAACCCUUCUCAUGUGUCUGGAACGAGGGACUUACGAUGGACAGCCUGCAACCAAGGUUCUGCUAAAGCCUUUCACAGGCCGACAACAUCAAUUGCGUGUCCACUGUGACUACAUCGGCCACACCAUUGUUGGUGACUACACCUACAGCAAUCGCCGUGACACCACUCCGGAGCGGAUGAUGUUGCACUCAUACAAGCUUCAGGCCCAAACAACCAUUGAGAAUCUUGACCUGCAGACUUCUGACCCUUUUGUGCCAGAUCUUGUGAAACCAUGGCAACCUGUUGAGGUGGUCAGACCUAGUGAUGAAGCUUUGAAACUUGCGCAGAAUUUUGACUUUAAUACAUGUAAUGACCAGUCAGUGGGUGGUGGCUUGGACAUCAAACAUGUGACUUUGAAUCCUGACAAGACAUGCUGUCACUCAAAUAUAAAUGUGUGUACCUGAUUGAAAAUAUACGUAGUGUCUUUCAAAUUGUUUUAUUAUUUCAUAUGCUUCAACAAUCAA